CAUUUGUAGCAGCUGUCAGAAUAUUCUCUCAACAAUCUUUUAUCAAAAAAUGGAAGUAUCAACCAUUAAGAAGGCGCUUCGCACACACAGAAUGGAAAGUGCCAAAAAUAAGAUCGAUUUCGCUGACAUCAGCACCUUUGACAUUGUCCCAACUCCCCCAAAGGGGCCAAAACCUGAAACAGCCAGGUUACAAAGACGUCACAGAGUCCAUGCCCAGAAAUUAAACACAUACGAGGCAAAAUAUGGAUCUUCACAAGACUCUGAGACACAUAAGACACAGCAUGAUGCUAAAAAUGGUUCUGGUGAUUUUCGUAAGACUGUUGACCCAGCAUUUCCCUGGUAUUGCCCUACUCCAAGAACUGGAGAGACAUCGUUCGAUAGGGAGGAAAAUGCUAUUCGUAAACAAGCCACUUGCAAUGCUGUGGAAGCAACUUUCACAGAUCAGUCGACAAACUCAUCUCGAAAACAAGCAGUCAAUGCCAAUCCUAUAAGGUACCCAGCCCCAGGACCCAGAGAACAAUUGGCGCCUAGUCCGUUUCCCGUCAACAAAAACAAACUGGCCCCUGUGGUGAACCCAAAGAAAAAUGCUGUACCAAAACCUGCUCGUGCAGGACCUCGUCCGGUCAAGGCUAAACACAUGCUCAUUCACAAGGAAAAUGUGAAGACUACUGUCACGGAUCAGCCGACUAGAAUGUCUCUGCCUGAAGCGGCAAACAAUACAAACCCAAUAAGGUACCCAGCCCCAGGACCCAGAGAACAACUGGCGCCAAGUCCCUUUCCCGUCAACAAGAACAUACUGGCCCCUAUGGUGGACCCUAGGAAGAAUGCUAUACCAAAAUCUGCUCGACCAGGCCCUCGUCCGGUCAAGGCCGUUCACAUGCCAGUCUUCCAUGAAAACACGGAAUCCAGUAGUAUGCUAACAAUGAUGUACGGCUGUAGAGAUGUUUGCGUAGCCGACAGUGUUAUUCCAGUGAAGAACAGGCGUCCUAUCAGAAACCCAUCCCCUGGGCCCCGGGAACAGCUACUCCCCAGUAUCUUCCCUACCAAAAAGAGGCGCCCAGCCACUCUCGUCAAACGCGGAAGAGUUGUCGCCCCUAUGUGUGGAUAGAGUCACAAUUUUUAGACAUUUUUUUACCAGAAAUUCAAAACAGCAUUAAAAGCAAGGUUAUGAAAACUGUAAAUGAUGGCGAGUUACAUGAAAGCUGAGUUAUAACAAUGCUUCUGAAUUUUCAACUGUUUUGCUCAACAUCAUUUUUUUUAAUUAUAUUUGUUAAUUUUUUCUAUACAC